AUGAAUUCAACAUCGGCGGCGGCCACGGCCACCACGGCCACGGGGCUCCCGGCGCUGACCACGCCCUUCGCGCCGCCCGCCAGCUGCACCGACACCUUCAACACCACCCUCACUUACCUCGCCGGCCUCGACUCCGCCCACCCGGACGCGACGCACGUCACCGUCCUCGCCGCCUCGCCGGCGUCCCGCGGGGGCUGCCUGGCCUCGGGCGCCAACGUCCACCGCGACGGCGCCACCGUCGUCGUCCGCCCCGGCGUCUGCCCCAGCGCCUGGGUCGCCUACAACCUCAAGGUCGACGGCCCCCAGUACUACCCGAACCCGAGCGACGCCGCCUCCAUCACCUUUGAGGCGUUUUGUUGUUCUAGCGGCUUCUCCGCCGAUGAGACGUCCACCGUCAUCCCCGGCUUCGGCCCGGCCUGCACCAAGCUCGUCGCCCAGACCUCCGCCGUCACCGCCGGCCAGACCACCAUCGCGCGCACCGUCAGCGCCCACGCCGCCUGGCAGGUCCAGUGGCGCGCCGCCGACGCCUCCACGCUGACCCCCGCGCCGCCCUCCAUGGGUCUCUGCUACGACGUGCAGGUGCCCACCUGGACGCCCGGCGCCGAGGCCACGGGCCGCCGCAGCUGCCGCAGCAUGCAGGUGUCCCCGGACAGGCACCAGUACGACGGGCUGCUGUACCUCGCCAUCGUGCUGCCGACGGUCAUCGGGUUCCUGCUCAUCGCGGGCUGCAUCUGCGGCUGCGUGUGCUACAGGAGGAAGAAGAAUCGGCAAAAGAGGGAGGCCGAGAGGCCGAUUGAGUUGCCGGGUGACGAAGUCUCCCUGACGCAGUUCAAAUCACACUACUCCAGUAGUCGUAAUACAUAA